GUUAAAUUUCAUCAAUUGGUUUCUGCUGGAAUCAUAUGGAUCAGAAAAUGAAUGUAUAUAUUUGGGACAUGGAUGAAACCCUCAUAUUGCUAAAGUCUUUAAUAAAUGGCACAUAUGCUGAGGCGUUUGAUGGAUCCAAGAAUGUACAGAGCGGUGUAGAAAUUGGGAAGAUGUGGGAGAAUCAUAUUCUUCAGAUAUGUGAUGACCACUUUUUCUAUGAGCAGGUCGAAAAUUGCAAUAUGCCAUAUCUGGAUGUCAUGAAACAACAUGAUGAUGGUCGAGAUCUCACUGAUUAUGACUUCAAUAAAGAUGGCUUUGGUCCGCCAAGUGAUGAUCUUAACAAAAGGAAAUUAGCGUACCGUCAUCGGGCUGUAGCGCAUAAGUACAAAAAGGGGUUGCAUAGUAUUCUUGACCAAGACAUGAUUAAAUCAUGGAGCGAGCUUUAUGACGUCACUGAUAGUUAUACUGAUAUGUGGUUCUCGGCUGCUAGGGCUUGCUUGGAACAGUGUGCAGUUGGAAAUCGAGAUUUGGCCUCCUCUGUGGACUCAACUGUUGCUGCCAAUGAUGCAGGAGAUACUAAAUUCCAACAUGUGAAUAUCUUGGUGACUUCCGGAUCGUUGAUACCUAGCUUAGUUAAAUGCUUGCUCUUUCGCCUGGGUGAUUUAUUCCGUAGCGAAAAUGUUUACAGCUCAUGGGAAGUGGGCAAGCUCCGGUGCUUCUCAUGGAUAAAGGAGCGGUUCAAUGGGCCGAACGUGCAAUUUUGUGUUAUUGGGGAUGGAUGGGAAGAAUGUGAAGCAGCAGAAAGUAUGAAAUGGCCAUUUGUUAAAAUUGACCCACGGCCUAGCAGUUUUCAUCGGUUUCCGGGCUUAACACCAAAGGAUCUGGGCCACUACUUCUCUGUUGUGUAUGGUGAUUCUGAUGAAAAAGAUAAUGAUAAACUAGCUCCUUCUGGCAAUUGAUCAUGUAAAUAUGUAGCUUACUGAGAAACAUCAGUUCAUGUAUCAAUAGCUUUUUCACCAGGAUAGUCUGGCAUAAAAAGUUGAAGGUUCUUAAAAAGUUUUCAUUUGCA